UUAGUUUCAGCCAUGGCUUCCUUACCAGUGAUGCUAUUUCUCAUAAUUCUGCUGCUGCCAUCAAUGCUCAUUGAAGGAAGGGUAAGUAUAAAAUGGGCAGUUACCUCAGAUCUACCUGACAAUUUUACUCAAAAUGAAUUCUCCACAUCUGCUGAUCACAGGACAGAUCCCAAGGCUGCCUUGGACAAGACUGACUGUCAAGGUGAAGUACAUAACAUAGAGAAGCUGGAGAAGAUGCUCUGCGCCUCCCAUCAGGACCAAUUAUUGUCUGAAGACCUGGCCAAUGCUAAUCAGCACAAGUUAAACCUGUGUAAAACCUUGACUACCCUGAGUGAAUGUUUUACUCAGAAGCAGCAAGAGGACUCAGUAAUCUUCAAAAGAAAGGGUACAAGGAUUCCAAGGUCCAGAAUAAGGCCACAGAAAGACAAUAUUGAAGAUAAUCUCAUCUACAUUUUGCUUAGACCUCUGAAAGAAUUCAUAGAUAUCUGCUUUUCCAACAUUUUUAUCUAG